UCUCUUUUAUUUAUUUAUUUAUAUUUUCACCAAAAAAAAUAAAAAAUUUCUUUUAUUUAUCUAAUGUAGUCCAAAGAGGAAUAAUCCAUAAACCGUCCAAAGGGAAAGAAAAACAGAGAGAAGGAAAGAGGCAUGGUGGAUGCUGCACAGAGGAGAACUAUGAGAGUUGUAAUGUUUCCAUGGCUGGCUCAUGGUCACAUAACUCCCUAUCUAGAGUUGGCCAAAAAGCUUGCUCAAAGAAAUUUUCAAAUCUUUUUCUGUUCUUCUCCCAUCAAUCUCAAUUCCAUCAAACACAAACUUUCUGACCAUCCAAACACCUCCAAAUAUUCCAUUGAACUUGUGGAGCUUCAUCUCCCUUCCCUUCAUGAUCUUCCACCACAAUACCACACCAUGAAAGGCCUCCCACCCCAUCUCUUUCCCACCUUGAUCAAGGCCUUGGACAUGGCAAGACCUGAAUUUGCCAAUCUCCUUCAAGCCCUCAAACCAGAUUUGCUAAUCUAUGAUAUGCUUCCACUUUGGGCACCAGAUGCAGGCUCUUCUCUGAAUAUCCCAUCUGUUUGUUUCAUUACUGGUGGAGCUACAACGGUCUCUUUCAUGUUCCAUGAAAUCAAGAACAGAGAUGGUGACUACCCAUUUCCAGAAAUCUGUCCUGAGCACUUGAAAUUAAAGUUUGCCCAGAUGAGAAAAAGUACCACUUCUUCAUCUGAUGGCCAAGAAGGAGGUAUGAAACUUGUCCAAUUGUAUGAAAAAUCUUCAAAUAUCAUUCUGAUUAAGUCUUUUAGAGAUCUAGAGGGGAAAUAUAUGGAUUACCUUUCGGUCAUUUUUGGGAAAAAGAUUGUCCCAGUUGGUCCUCUUGUUCCAGAACCCAUCGAUGAUCAUGAGGGAAUGGAAAUCAUCAACUGGCUUGACAAGAAAGAGAAAUCUUCAACUGUGUUUGUGUCAUUUGGAAGUGAGUGUUAUCUGUCUAAGGAAGAUAGGGAGGAAAUGGCUUAUGGGCUAGAGCUUAGCAAGGUGAAUUUCAUAUGGGUUAUUAGGUUUCCAGAGGGAGAGAAAAUGAAGCUUGAAGAUGCACUUCCUAAUGGGUUUUUGGAAAGGGUAAGACAGAAGGGGAAGAUAGUGGAAGAUUGGGCCCCCCAAGUGAAGAUUCUAAACCAUCCAAGUAUUGGUGGUUUUGUGAGUCAUUGUGGUUGGGGUUCACUCAUGGAGAGCUUAAAUUUUGGUGUACCAAUUAUAGCAAUGGCUAUGCAAGUAUAUCAGCCAUGGAAUGCUAGACUAGCAGAGGUUUCUGGGAUUGCUUUGGAGAUAAAGAGGGACAGUAACAAUGGGAAGAUUGAAAGAGAAAAUGUAGCUAAAGUUAUAAAUGAAGUAGUGGUGGAAAAAACAGGGGAGGAUAUUAGAAGGAAAGCAAAAGAUAUGAGUGAAAAUAUUAAAAGGAAAGCUGAGGAAGAAAUGAAUGAAGUGGAGAGAGAACUUUUACAGCUUUGUGAAAUCUGACACCCGGCUAUUUGUUCAGCUAUCAUUGUUUGAGGAUUUAACUUUUGUUUUUGCUAUAUGUGAAGAAAUGUCCAUUUGUCUUUUUUUUCCUUUGACUUUGGGAGCUAUAUAUAAAAAUAAAUUUUCUUUUUCGA